AUGUAACUCCAUUCCACUAUUUAGUUUUUGCAAGAGUUGUUUAUUUUGAUGGGCAUAAAAACAAAUUUCAGAACAUAGUAACAACCUGCUAAUUAAACAUUAUAAAUUUAUUAUGAUCCUCCUAUGCAAGAAGUUAAGAGUGGCUUAAUAUUUGUUCUUCCUGAAGAGAAGGUACCUAAUUGUGCUGAGAGCAAAUUAGGAAAAAAUAAAUUAGAAUAAUUUGCAACUUAAGAAGUUAUGAAAUUAGUGUCUAGCAAUUAUAAUCUGAAUUGUUUAGCUGAAAAAGCAUAUAAGGAUUUCAUUUCUGCAUAUCAACAUAAAUUAGAUCAAAAUAAUUAUGAGGUAUUAAAAUUGAAUCCCAUGAGAUUGUGUAAAUCCUUUGGGUUUGAUGUGACUCCAAAAUUGAAUAGUAAAUUUAGUUGUCUAUGA